CGAACCUCGCCAUAGAAGAUCCUUUCUCGUCAAACUCGCACGUUGCAAUGGGCAAGCAGCAGCGGCUUCGAGUUGCCCCUUCGGAUGUGGAUGGAUCGGCUUUCGAGAUCUAUUGCGUCCCCCAUGCGUCGAUCGAAAGGCAUCGAUUCCUACAUUCGCGAGCCGGAGAUCCAACCCUCCUGCCGUUUUUGGUACGAAAGAAUCGUUCGUUGGUCUAUUGUGGCAAGGCCCGAACCUUGGCGAACAAAACCGCUCCCGAGAACCCUCCGAUCUGCAAUCCCCGCCGGCGUUCCCGGGACGCCGUGUAUGGAGCACCUUCCAGGGCGAAACAGGCAUGCGGGCAAUGCUUUCCAAAUUGAAGUGAAAAAUGUCAUUCCGGUCAGACCCACAGCACCACGUUCUUCGGGACUCCCCCGUACUGAUGGUCGAAAAAGUCCAGGACGUCCUCUCUCGAGUAGCGCAGCGACCAGUGAACGCACACAAAGGUGGUUUCCGGAAAGGCACAAAUCCAGGGAUGGAGCUGGGAGUAGUGCGUGUGGCCCUUCCUCCGGGUGGAUUCGUCCAGUUCGGAGGAGGGCUGCCCCAGAAAGGUCACCUCGUGGAUGAUGUGCUUGUACUUGGGCAGGAUCUCUUGGUAGCGCUCGCGGAGCAGAUCGAUGGUGGUGUCCCCGGUGUAGAAGAGCAGGCCCUGGUUGUAGGACUCGGUGAUCUGGACGUCCCUCCGGAUCAGCUCGCCGAGCUCGCUCUUCGGCAGCGACGCGUACUCCUCCUUCAGCCGUGCCUUGGCCUUGUACAAUCCGUAGGCGACGGCGGGCACGCCGUUCUUGUGGGGGGCCGAAAAGACCUGCACCCCGAGCGGCUUGGGCGAACCAGUGUACGAUCCGCGGGGCAGGAGCACCUCAUCGCCGUCCGAGACGGGAUUGACGUCGAACCCGCCGAGGGCGGCGAUGGUUUCCUCGUCGGUCUGGGUCUCGUCGCCGUAGUUGAGCUGCGCCUCGGCCAGCAGAAACCUCUCGAUCAGCGAGCAGAGUUUCCCCGGAGCAAAGAUCUUGGCCUUGUCCGCCGCGUGGACCGGGAGCGCCGCGAUGUGGUCGCGGUGCCCGUGGCUCAGCAGGACCGUUUUUGGCCGGAGCGAUUUGACGUGAAAGCCGGCGUCGAAGACGAUCCCCAGCUCGGGAACGAAGUAGGUCGAUGCGUCAGCGCUUCGACCGAGACCGACGAUGCUGAGACCCCGCUCGAGUUCCACCCUUCGGAGCGUGUGGUCGUCUCCGGGAACCCCAAUGUGCCAGCUGAGGGCCUUUCCGGCCGCUUCCGCCACCUCCGUUCCCUCCGUGGGCGGGAGGAGCUGCAGGCUCCCCGCCAGAGCGCGGAGCGGCUGGGGGAAGGUGUCGAUGUCACCGCUCUGGGCUUUUUGGACGGUGUCGAAGAUGCUGGCCAGUUCCGUCAGGCUGAUUUUCCCGUCGUGGUCCUCGUCGGCCAGGAGCAACAGCUUGGUGGCGACUCGCUCGAUGGUGUGCGUCCCGUUUUCGUCGGCAUCCAAAACCCGCCUGGCGUGGGAUCUUGCCACUUCGCCCUGUUGAAUCCUGCCACGGUGUUGGUCCUCGUUGCUAUCAUCGCUGCCUUCAUUGCUAUCAUCGCUGCCAUUGCCGGUAGAAUGUGCGGCUGCUGUGUCGUUUGAUGGGGAAUCGGCGAUUUCUUCCACAAUACUCCGAGAGAGAUCAAUGAACAAAGAAUGGGCUUCCUCUACGGACAACGUGCCGCUUCCGCAGGCAUCAUAGGACUCGAAUAUCUGCUCGAUAAGCUCUCGUUUCUCCGCUGCCGUCCCCGUAAGAGCCUUGGCCGAGUCUUCGUCGCCCGAGAGCAGGGCAAGAAUCGUUUGCGCCAGCGAAGAAAGCGCAUCGACCGUCUCCGGUGGCGGCGGUGGGGUUUCACCGACGGUACCGGAUUCGUCGACCAGAGAAUUUCUUAUCCUGCUGCUGGUUCUUCUCCCUCUCUCGAACCGAUGAGUUCCACGGAAAACCAAACUGUCCUCUUUCCAAGACGGACGAGAAUGGUUUUGCGGAGCACCGGGGACCAACCAUGCUCCGCAGCGCUGCACGACGAACGCCAGCGAACAAACCAAGACAACGGUG